AUGUUCUUUUUCCGUCGUCAGAAUGCUAAGCCCGCGCCACGCCCAUCGCGCGCUCCAUCCUUUGCGCUGCCCAAGCGGCGGCCUCCUGUCCAGUUGACGCCGUCGCAUCAGCACGACCAGUUGCCCUUCCUGCGGAGAUCGCGGUUCAGCGCCCUUCCCCAUUUCCGUGCCUAUGAGGACGAACCGGAGAACCUUUCGCUCUUCAUCGCCAUCCUGUACGUGGUGGAUUUGUUUGGCAUCUUCCCAUUUGUCACGCUGCCCGCAUUGCUAGUGAAGCUUGGCUACUUUGGCGUGCUGCUGGUGCUUUCCAUCAUCAUCCUGCAGAUCUACACCUCCUUCCUGCUCUCCCAAUGCUGGACCAUGGCAGAGCUGCUCGAUCCUUCUAUUCAGCAGAAGCGCAACUACCCAUAUGCCGCGCUGGCAGAGCUGGCUUACGGUCCGUACAUGAGUCUGCUGGUGUCCGUGCUCCUCGAUCUCAGCAUCUUCGCCAUGGCGGUGCCCAGCGUGGUCAUGGCCGCCCAGAACCUAGAGGGCGUCGUGCUGCGCAUGAGCGCUGGUCAAUACAACUUCUCGUACUGCUACUGGGCUGUCAUAGUCGGCCUGGUUAUCUGCCCGCUGAUGUGGCUGGGCAGUCCUAAGCACAUGCGGGGUCUGGCCAUCAUCGCUGUUUGCGUGAUGAUCGUUAUUGUGGCGCUGCUGUGGUUCUGUCUUUUUGCCGCUCCUGCGAUUGGAACACCCUUUGAGGGCAUCUCCUUGGAGCUGCCUGGCUUCCUCACCGUGCUCAACAGCUACAGCAUAUUGGCCUUCCAGUUUGACAUCCACCCCGUCCUGCUGAACCUUCAGAUCGACAUGAAGCACAAGUCGCAGGUUUCCUGGGCUGCCCUCAUCGGAAUCGCCAUUACAUGCAGCGUAGCUAUCUUCGGCUCCAUCAUAGCCGCCUACAAAUUUGGAUCGAUGAUAGCUGAUAACCUGCUGCAGUCCUUGCCCACCAGUGUGCCCUUCUAUGUGAUGUUGAUCCUGAUGGCGCUCCAGCUUUGCUUCUCCGUCACGGUGGCCAGCUCCGCCAUGUUCAUGCAGAUCGAGAACUACUUCAAGCUGCCGGAAUCGCUCUCCUUCAAACGAAUGCUGAUCCGCUCUUCAGUGCUGGCCCUAGAGGUCCUUGUGGCGGAGUUUGUGCCCAGUUUCGAUGCCCUGAUGGAUGUGGUGGGUGGCACCAUCACCGGACCACUGGUAUUCAUUCUGCCGCCACUUUUGUAUCGCCGCAUACGGCGGAUGGAGCGAGUUCAUCAGCGAAUUGCAGCGGAGGCUAGUUACGGAAGUCUGCCACUGGACCUCAACUACGACCCGGUUGACCUGGAGAUGGAACCACUGCUGGUGACCUCGCCGCCGACCACGCCACGCGGCUGCUGGCUGAGAAUAGUUCGUUUCCUCCAUCGCCUCGAGUGCGACGUGUCCUGCACCAUGGCGGUGCUCAUCUUCGGCCUGCUGGCCACCUUCCUGUCCACCUACCUGAACAUCUUCAGCCUGCCCAAUCUGUUCACCAACAACUCGCCCUGCCUGAGCAAUCUGACCAAGCACUUCUGA